AUAAUAGUAUUAAGUAGAAAUGUGUGGCAGGAGACAUUAGAAAUAAACAGUAUGAAAGUAUGUUGGGUGUGAUACCAGUUGGGAAGAUCUAAGCGGAAUUAUGGGCUCGUCUCUGGUCCCAGUGAUCAUUGCACUGAUUUUAUUGGAGAUUCACAAAAACUCAGAAUGUCAUAAAAUAGAGGUGACCCCUGACCCCGGGACCAUAGUGAUCUUCAGUAAGAAAGCUGCUCAGGCAGUGAACUGCAGUGUUUGUACGGGUGAAGGCCCAUCUCAAACCUGUAACUCAUUUCUAAGACUUAAAGAACCUCAAACCACCACUGUGAAUUUCAACUGCUCCCAACCGGGUGAUGUCUUUACCGUAGAAAUCAACCAAGAAAUCGAUUGCACGGAUUCGAGCUGCAACAACAUCGAUGCCGUACAUCCAGAUUCUACCCGAUUCCUAGAGUUCACUAGAACAUUCACUUGGGACCUGAAGGUUCCGGAAUCCAAGACGUUCCAGCUGGACUUCCCAGCCCCAGGAUUGAGGCAGAUCAAGCCUUCGGAACCUUGUCCAAACAAGCACACAUACACCCUCAUUGCAUACCAGCGAACAGGACCUACCUCUAUUGGCACGUUUUGUCAGAACGGUACUAUCAGUCGUAUCCAGGUCCUCCAUAAAGGACGUGUAUCUUUGGAGGUUCCCAAAGGCACAGACCUGAACCCAUCUGACUUUAAAGUGUCCAUGGGAGCAGAGACAAAAGUGUUGGUUGAGGUGGAUUCCAAGCUGCCAAGAGGACAGUCAUCCACAGACUACUUCACACCAAACUACGCUUUAGGCCUCUUCAGUGACGAAAAAAUGAAGUGGAACUUUGCUGUUGAGCCUAUGCACAAUUUCAGUGUCCUCUUUCAAGAUUACACUGCACCUGAAUGCCAGAAGAGGGCUCUGUCACUUGAGUACACACUGGGGGAUAAGACUGUACUCACAAAGACCUUAAAGGAUGAUCAGCCGGCCAAUAAACAGGGAGAUUUCAGCCUGGCUUUGGCCAAUUGUGAACAAAAGAGAGGGACAAAAGGGCUUUCAUUGAACUUCAAAGUGUCCGUGUUCCGGAGUGGGAGCCCAUAUCUUUGCACCGUGGAUCUCCAGAACGAGGAGGGAUUGAGCCUCCAAAUAGAAAAUAAAAACCCAAAGUCUUACUGUGAAAUGAAAAUGAACUCUGUGGUGCAGGAGAAGAUAGUGGUACCUGUGGGAACCAAAGCUGACUUGUCCUUCCUCGACUGCCCUGUUGAGGAACUGCAGCUGACGGGCACCAAAAAUAUUGAUUGUCUGACUGGGUCUACCUGUGCAGUGAGCGGGACUACCCUAACCAUUCCGAUGCUGGGCAGUACUCUGCCUGCCCCCCUUCAACAGUUUACCUGGCUCCUCCGUGUACCUGAUCAGAACACUGUGGAUCUCACCUAUCCACAGGGAAACCUACACCAAUCUGUACCAGAGAAGGAGUGCAACGAAAGGGUAUCCCUACUUGUCUCUGAGAGUGAUGGCUCUAACAUCGGCCAGUUUUGUUCCUUUGGCAAAGGUGCUAUCCAAAAAAUCCAGAUCAAAGCGAAUGUUUCCAUUACCGCAAUGCCCAAAAGUAUCAAGGACCUAAGCCAGGACAAAGGACCCUUCUUAAAUAUCACCUUGAGCCCAGAGAUCUCAGAGAAUGUAGUCUACUCCGUUUCUCCACUUGUUUUGGGAACCACAUACCUUGCAACGCCCAACUGGCCCAAUGGUAUGAAUCCUUCUUCCUCUGUCACAUGGAUCGUGAAUGUUCCCCAAGAGCACCGGGCAGAGCUGCAGUUCACCAACGUCAGUAAGCCCAAGUGUGACACAGGGCACACCACAGUCGAGAUUCAGCAGCUGGGCUCAAAUGGGCAUUCGCAGUCCUGGAGAGAAGAUCAAAGUGUCCCCAACAUAGUCAAUCAACUAGAGAGCUUCUACCUUAAUAUGUCCAACUGUGAGCCCAAAAGUGGCAGCUUUGCUGUGCUCUCAAAGGUCACUCUGCUGAAGGAAACCAAAAAUGUCUUAGGAAUUAUCUUCGCUGUAGUUGGGGUGCUGCUGAUCCUGCUAAUCAUUGCACUUAUUGUAGUUUGCGUCAUUUGCAAGAAAAAGAAACCUAAAGCCAACAGGUCUUCCAUCGUUAUGCCCAGAGGAAAUGCCUUACUUCCAGGUAAUGCCACCUUCCCCAAAACCAGAGCGGACAACGAGUCCCACGUAUACGCCUCCAUUGAAGACUCCAAGGUGUACGGACAUCUUUUGGACAAGGACCAACCUGCAGUGGAGAGUGACAAUGGAGCCUGGAGCAAUGGACAUCAGGUAGACAUGUACCGUCCAUUUACAGGACCAACAGACCCCACCCCAGUGAUUACAGAAUCUCCGGUGGAUUAUUCACUGGACAGAGGGGAAGAAAGAGGAGGGGAUAGGUCUUUCCUAGACCCAUCCAGCACCUUUAUGCCUGGGAGGCCUCGUACGCCACUUAUAUCACAGAGCAGCUUGGGUUUCGAAGAUCGUAGGAUGGUGGCCAAUGAGUUAAACACUUUCAAGUCUUUUGGUGAUAUAAAUGCCAUUCGUCUGUCUGCCGAUGAAUCCAGAUUACAACCUCAAUCAGAUUCAGACUCUGAUUUGUAUACUGAGCCAGAAUACGAGGAGACUGUGUAAGGAUGGAGCCAGACGUGAUAAGUAGCUAAUGCGUAUAAGUAUUCUCGUAAAAAACUGCAGAACAAUAUUGCGAACACUUUGACAUUCAUGUUGGGAGUUAUGUGUUGAAACAAAAAUGGAAUCAGCUUCAAGUAUAUUUGCACAGACGAUGUGUUUGAUUUUCUUUUUUGUUUCGAUGCUAAAUGUUGUCCAGUCUCUCUCACGCUGCCCUAGUGGUGAACCUUGUAAUUUACAUGUAUAGUUUAUUGAAAUUUUGGUUUCACAGAUUUUUAUACUGGGUUUUAGUUUGAAUGUACAGAAUUAAUGCUCUUGAGGGGCUCCGAUAAGAACCGACCUCCCUUGUGGGUGUUGUGACUCAUUAUUGGACAUUUUAGUUUUAACAUUGGAUGUCUGUUUUUACUGGGUAAAUUUGGCCCCUGCUUUAAAAUGUAAUGUAUUUUUCCUUUAAUUUGAGCUAUUCUGUAUGUUUAUCCCAUGGAUUCAUAAAAUAAAUUCACAGGUAUUUUAAUAGAGCAUAGUGAUCAAAGUGUGAUCAGACAAAGUAAAGUAUAUGGUGCGGCUGUGGCUCAGGUGGUAGAGCGGGUCGGCUGCCAAUCGGAGGGUUGGCGGUUCGAUUCCCGGCCCACAGGACUCCACAUGCGGAAGUGUCCUUGGGCAAGACACUGAACCCCAAGUUGCUCCUGAUGGCUGGCUAGCACCUUACAUGGCAGCUCUGCUGACACUGGGGUGUGUGUGGGUGAAUGGGACACAGUGUAAAGCACUUUGGUAACCUCUAAGGCUAAAAAAUAAGUGCAGACCAUUUACCAUAUUUGCAGGACUUUAUGAGGGUGGACAUAGCUAUACAUAACUCUUUGUAAAUGAACAUCACAUCUGAAUAACUGUUCAGUACAUCUGUAAUGCGUCUUUGUUUAUCUGAUUUAUUUGUUGGUGUCUGAAUCUUAGUGGAGGUUGUCCAAAAUGUGGUGCUUUUCCUUUAUUGCAGUGUUCAUACUUAUGAAAUUAUAGAUCAGCUCCUGUUUUCAUUUUUGUUUAUGGAGUGUGAUUUCUCAAAAGGAAAGAAAAAUUGCAAUCUUUGUUCUCCUCAACCUUUACAAAAGAAAAAUAUACAAUUAUAGGACAAACACAAUGCAGGCAAUGCUACCAAUAGAUUGUGCAAAAGAAAGGACAGCUGAGGUCAAGAAAACUGCAGCAAACGGACUCAAGCGAUGUUGAACUCGCAGAUGGAUGCUCUCUCCUCGUGGCAGUUCUCGUCCACCCACUUGACACCGGAGGCAGCAGAGAGUACGGCACAGUUUUCCAAACUUCUGCCUUCAGGAUGUGGGGCUUUCCAGUUCUUGUAACAAAUGUAUGAGCUGGUCUGGUCCAUCCACACGCCCUCCACCUGCAUGCUGUUUAUGCCCAGCCGGAUUUCACCGUCCGGUCCAAUGCUCUGCCAUACGUAAUCAUAGAGUUAGGUGUUUUUGUCCACUGAAAGAGGAGCGCUAAGUGCUAAUUCAUUUGCUGCGUGGUAGCACUUUUCAAUGUGGCCAGCAGAAAGCACAUGCUGUGGAUCUUGAUGCCCAUCGGACAAACUACAGAAGUGUAAAGACACAUUAAGGCUUGGUCUGCAGUCUGAAAAGGGGACAAAUAACCGGAAAACAGGCCUUUUUGUAACUUUUUGGAAACUGACUAAAUGUACUAUGAAUACUCCAACAGUCCACCCAGAACAUUUAUUAAAAUCAAGAUGCAAAAAUUACACAUUGUUAGAAAUCAUCACAGUAUUUACAGUAUGUCAUAACCAUGAGCUCAUUAACCGCCCACUUUUACAUAUCCACACAUGUUUAAUUUUCAGCAGCAUGGUUAGCCCAAAGAUUAGCUAGAGGUUGUUUACAUAUAGAAGUCCUAAAGGUUCAGUUGCAUUAACAACCUGUUUAAUUCUAAGUGUCAGAGGAAGGAUGGAAAAUUGUCAUGAAAAAGUAAAUUUGAACUUUUAUUUUGGUGUAAACAAAAUCUUAAGCAGACUUCAGUGAAAAAACAAGUUCAAGACCCACUUGCUCAAAGACAUGCGUUGCUUUGGAUAGGCAACAGAGAGAUGUUUGGCUUUGAUGCAGCCUCGGUCAAUGAUGUGUCACUGACUUUUUUAUUUAACAGUCUCCGCAGCGGAGGCAACUGACACUUGUCCUCCACCACCUGGAUUGAGGCGAGUAACCGCACCACCACGAGGACCAACUUAGUGGGAAUUGGGAAUUCCAAAUUGGGAGAAAAGGGGAUGAUAAUAAAAAAAAAAUUAUCAUGAGAAAUGAAGAAUAAUCUUUAUUUUCUCAAAAAUAUAUGAGUAACUUUUGUCCACCAAAGUCAGGUGGUGUAACCAAUAUGCAAAUAGCCAUUUUGUUGUCAUGCAACAGAAAGGACCCCUUAAAACCCUCAACUUUGCAAAGUAAAAAAAAUGAUAUUUUGACAUUUAUCAAAGUCACAUUUUGUUCAGGUCACACGGGGUAUCCCAAAGAAAAUGUUUUGAUAUUCUUGAAAAUUAGUUUUAAUUGAAGUUAAAUGAAUGAUUACGUUGUGUACACUCGUGUGUUCAGUAUUUUAAUACCUUUUUAUUUUUUUAAUUAAUACUUUUUAUUUAAUACUAAUAUUUGGAUGUAAUUUUUUUGUAGAAAAUGCUAUAAAUGUUUUUCAAAACUGUAUGAACCCAAAUUGACCCAAAGAUCACAUUUCUACAAAAUCGACACGCGUGUUUUAAACUAGAUUCAACUAAACGAGACUUCUCAUGUUUAUCACCUUGGACAAUUUGUCCUUAAUUGUCAAUGACCCGCCUAUAAUGUGUCAAUGUGAUGUGCACAUUUUUAAUAAAAUAUUAAAUAAU